UCACUGAUUGGCCUGAUGCCGGUCAAUCAGAUAGCGGGAUACUGGUUGGCGAUUGCCUGGUGGAAGUCAGGAGUGAAAGUGCCGUCUCACCGCUUGAGUAGAGUGUACGCUGUUAGCUAUGAGUUCCAUCGGGACCGGGUAUGAUCUCUCAGCAUCCACGUUUUCUCCGGAUGGCAGAGUGUUUCAGGUUGAGUAUGCAGCUAAAGCAGUGGAAAAUAGUAGCACAGCCAUUGGCAUCCGAUGCAAAGACGGAGUUGUGUUUGGAGUAGAGAAGCUUGUCCUUUCCAAGCUUUAUGAAGAAGGUUCUAAUAAGCGUAUUUUUAAUGUGGAUCGGCAUGUUGGAAUGGCUGUAGCUGGACUCCUGGCUGAUGCACGUUCCUUGGCAGACAUUGCUAGAGAGGAGGCCUCCAACUUCAGAUCCAACUACGGUUAUGAUAUUCCAUUAAAGCAUCUCGCAGACAGAGUGGCCAUGUAUGUACAUGCAUAUACACUGUACAGUGCUGUCAGACCUUUUGGCUGCAGUUUCAUGUUGGGAUCAUACAAUGAAGACGAUGGAUCUCAGUUGUACAUGGUUGACCCUUCAGGUAUAUCCUACGGUUACUGGGGAUGUUCUGUUGGUAAAGCCAAACAAGCAGCCAAGACAGAGAUUGAGAAGCUUCAGAUGAAGGACAUGACAUGUCGGGAAGUGGUGAAAGAAGUUGCAAAAAUAAUCUACAUCGUCCAUGAUGAAGUAAAAGAUAAAGCAUUUGAACUGGAACUGAGCUGGGUUGGAAAAGUUACCAAUGGAAGACAUGAAGUUGUACCGAAAGACAUCAGAGAAGAAGCUGAAAAAUAUGCAAAGGAAUCUUUAGAAGAAGAAGACGACUCUGAUGAUGACAACAUGUAACUUAAUUUUUGAUUAUGUCAAAUUUAUUUCCAAUUGCUGUUUUUAUAUGUAUGUAUGGACCUGAAUAAAUUGUGUGGCAACUGGCAAUAAAACCACUGUUUACACAA